AGUUUGCUAGUGUUGAGUUUCAUGGAUACCCAUUCACAUCCUACUUUGAUGAUCAUCGAUACAUCUUCUGUAGAGGUAUAUAACUUAUCUUGUAUCGCACUCAAUGCCUCCAUAUUCAUAACCCUCGCCAUACCACAAAAUACAUACUCAUACCAACGCAACAAACCAUUUCACACAUAUCAACCAGCAGACCCGCAAUAAUGAAUAGCCCCUACGAUUACAACUUCACUCGGUCCCCCUAUCCCUAUGGUAGACCGCGCACACGCAGUAAAGACUUUCCUACUCUGAGAGACACAGCGGAUUACAUUCCCACAGCAUUCCAGAACCAUGGUCGUGGCUUACCCAGGUCGUCAGGCGAGCUACGUCCUCACUUUGGCAGACCUGGCGACUCGAACGACGGGUUUGAACUCGAUUAUACCCGUAACGUUGCCGGGUUCUCUGAUUCAGACGAGUCGGACCUCGAGCCCACUGCGUACGACAUCGAGUACUUUGAAGCCGCAGAAUGCGACAGUGCGCAGGCUAGGUUUGCUGGAGACUUAGGUCGGGAAGGCCGAGUCGCUGGUGGCAGUCGGCGAAAAGAGCAACUCAACUCGUGGCGCAACGUCUUCGGAAUCGGCGAUGGCCAUGCAUGGGCCGGCCAGACGCCGUUCAACAAGCCAUUUGCUACGACAACUGAUAACAGAGAAGCUGACGAGUCUCUGUCGCCUUGGGAGUCUAGAAAAACAGGUACGUCGACAAAGGAGACAGUGCCGGACGCUGGCGGAACGCCGCUACGUGCUAAGGCGACUGCAUUUGUUCCUGGCGGCAAUGCGCAUGGUGUGCGGGAAGGCAUGCCAUAA